AUGUCACUAUUAUUUCAAAUAUUACUCGUUUUCUCUUUGGCUUAUUUCUUAUGGAACAUCUACAACAAUGAUCUACUACUACUUAUGAUGUGUAAAGACACGAAAUUCAACACGAAGACAACAGCUGUUUCUCUCACUGUGCCACAUUCUGAAAGUAUUAAUUUACUCCAUUACUGUAUGGGAGAAAACACAUCGAAGUGCGUACCUCCACUUCUCAGUUUUAGGAACGGAUACAAAGUUGCGGAUAAAUACCGUUUAAUUGGAUGUGCCAUUGCAAAAAACUUAUCCACUGUGCUCACUGCUAUUUUAUGUUUUCUGUUCGACACGGAUGGAUUUCUAAUGAAUAACCGGAAUCUCACUGGUGAUUUGUAUCAAAUAAGAUUUUGUUUAAAGCGGAAUGAAUACGAUAAUAUUCCUAUAAUUUACAAUAAUUACAAUUCCGAUCCGAAUAUCUGGGGUAUGAUCGCUAUUGUACGGGAUCCAUUAGAGAGAUUUGUUUCUGGAUUUUCGGAUAAAUGUCUCAGGAAGCAAUCGUGGAGAAAUUUUACAAAUCAUUGUCAAGGAUGCGAAACGAAUCUGACGUGUUUUAUGGAGCGAUUAUAUGCUCGGAUGAUGCGAUGGACAACAAAAGAUGAAUUUGAACGUGGAUCUUUUGACGACAAUCACUUCUUCCCACAAAAUUGGCGUUGCGACUUCAGAUCUUACCUAAACCACUAUCACAUCAUAAAAUACGCUAGUUCUAAGCAAUCAGAAUUCCGCGAAGAUCUUAUAGCAAUUUUGAGGAAAUAUAACGUUUCUGAAACAUCCACUCGUUACAUAAGAACGUCCCUCUCUUCUUCUCGAACACGCCAUACUACAAAAGGUACCCUAGAACAACAGGAAACGAGAAAGGCUAUUCUUACCAACCACCACCAUAUGGAUCUUCUUAUUAAAAUGUUCUACUAUGAUUUUGUUUUAUUCGGAUUCCCAUUCCCACAACUGAACUAA